CAGUGGAUGGUCCUCACGGUGCGCUCGCAACUCGUCUCAGUGGAGGAAGGAGACCUGAGAAUCUCUCUUUCACUUCCCCCAAAGCCAGUAUUUCCCCUUUUAGGCAAUCAUCUUUCCACCAUCCACCUGCCGGUAAUCAAAAUGCCUGGAUGAAUGUGCUGGUUGCAGUCAUAGGAUAGAUGAGAGAAGAAGACUUUUCCAUGUAUGAUCUUCUGCUAUCUGCGGACAACCGAGAAUCCCUGCGCUCAUAGAUGCUUCCUGAUUGCAGAGUAGGUGUAAGACCAGCAGUAUUCAUGGUCACCCUCGCAGUACUUCGAUGAGGAAACUUACUCCCCUUCACCCAGGAACAUGAAGGGUCUCUCUGGUGGCCGCCCUGCCCAUCUCCAGCUAAUAUCACCCACCUCUCCUUACACCUGUGGCUUGGUCGAUUGUGACCACUCUCUGGAUCACCAUCUUCACCAUGGUGACCCUCGGUCACCUACUUACCUCCUCAGCCCCACUGACAGCUGUGCCCUUGAGAGUCAUCACCGCUGCUCCCCACGGAGUUCCAUCCACUCUGAGUGCAUGAUGAUGCCAGUCUCACUAUCAGCCACCGACCACUCUAUAUCCAGUAGCACUUUCCCUCGCAUGCAUUAUGGCAGCGCUUUCGAAGAUGGAGGUGGGAACAGUUCUGGUGGUAGGGAUUCUCGAGACGACGGUGGCUCCUCCUCACACGGCGGCAGUGGCAAAAUGAACCGGAUCCCUGCAAAUCUUUUGGAUCAGUUUGAAAAGCAGAUGCCACUGCACCGAGAUGGCUUCCAUACAUUGCAGUACCAACGCACCUCCACCACAACUACAACUACAGAGCACCGCAAUGAAAGCCCCGGCCGAAUUCGCCACUUAGUUCACUCAGUACAGAAACUCUUCACAAAGUCGCACUCCCUGGAAGGAUCCUCCAAGAUGAACGGUACCAAAAAUGACUCUCACAGGGACGGAUCACAUCACCACCAUCACCACCACCAAGGCCACCACAAACACAGCAAACGCAGCAAGAGCAAAGACCGCAAAUCUGAUGGCGGAGGAAAGCAGCGCCAUGGUGGAUGGUGGAGCUCGGAUGACAAUCUUGAUAGUGACAGCACGUACAGGACACCGAGCGUCAUGUCGCGGCAUCCAGUGGACCACAUCACUCACUGUUACCCAGACUCAAUGCACAGCCACCUGGCUGGGGACCUGUCAUUAAAGACCUCCAAGAGCAACAACGACGUCAAGUGCUCUGCCUGUGAGAGCAUCAACAUGGCACCUGAGGGCAAGUUCAUGAAAAGGAGCUCCUGGUCAACAUUAACCGUCAGUCAAGCCAAGGAAGCUUACAGGAAGUCUUCACUCAACCUGGAGAAACCCAUGACCCCCACUGACCUCAAACCAAGCUUGAGACCAUGUCACUAUCUACAGGUACCCCAGGAUGAGUGGGCAGGUUAUCCUGGUGGUGGAAAGGAUGAUGAGAUCCCUUGUCGUCGAAUGCGGAGUAGCAGCUAUGUGAAAGCCAUGGGCGAUGAGGAGAGCGGGGAGUCAGACUCCAGUCCAAAGACAUCACCUCAGAAGUCGGUACGACCAGAUGCCCUGAUCAAGGCCAUCAUCAGACCCAAGGAGUUGCUGGACUCUCAAAGUUCUUACCGCCUGGAUAAAAUCAACAGUGACAUGCAUAACUACAUCACCAAUUUUGCUGCAGACUUAAGUCAGAACUACCACUUGCAGGCUACCAGGGAAAUACACCCUAGCCUUACCUUGGAUCCCUCUAUCAACUACAACUCGCCCAAGUUUCGUUCCCGGAACCAGAGCUAUAUGCGGGCUGUCAGCACGCUUAGUCAAGCUAGCUGUGUCAGUCAAGUGAGCCAGGUUAGUGAAACGGAAGUAAAUGGCCAGUUCGAAUCUGUGUGUGAGUCGGUGUUCAGUGAGGUAGAAUCCCAAGCUAUGGAGGCACUGGACCUCCCUGGAUGUUUCAGAACCAGGAGUCACAGUUACCUGAGAGCCAUCCAGGCUGGAUACUCCCAAGAUGAUGACUGCAUCCCCCCCAUGGCAUCCACUGUUACCUCCACUAUCAGGUCAACCACAGCCAUCACCUACACACCGAGCUACAAGAAGAACCCCCCUCCAGUACCGCCCCGCACCACCUCUAAACCACUCAUCUCCAUCACAGCCCAGAGCAGCACUGAGUCUACCCAGGAUGCGUACCACGAGGGACGACACCCUCAUGGCGGCCUAUGGGCCCCCGAUGGCCUCGCUCUUGGGCUGACGCCAGGAAGGGCCCUCUAUAACUCCACCGACAGCCUGGACAGCACCAAGGCCGUGACAAUAGCCAUGGAGGCAGCUGGAAUCAUGGCAGGAAAAAGGCAUCCAUCCACAGACUCUCACAGCUCAGUGCUCACCUGUGACAAGGCAAUCCUGGUGUCCAAGGCUGAGGAGUACUUGAAAACCCCACGGUCCUCUAUAGGGAUACAGGUGGAAGCAGCCACGGACUCGGAGUCUGAAAGCAAAGGCUCACGGGAGUACCACUCUGUCGGGAUCCAGGUGGAGGAUAACAAAAAAGGACAGGGAAGGUUCAAACGCUCUAACAGUGUGACGGCAGCAGUUCAAGCUGACCUGGAGUUGGAGGGCUUUCCCACCAUGGAAGACAAAGGUCUGCAGUUUGGUGGGGGAUUUCAGCGUCAUUCAGAGCCCAGUACGCCUACGCAAUAUGGAGCGGUGCGCACUGUCCGUACGCAAGGCCUCUUUAGCUACCGUGACGAUUACCGCACCACCACUGAACCGUCCAGUCCACGCGAGACGACCAGCGAGACAAGCUGGCAGCUAGAGCCCCCAUCCUCACGGGAGAGUGCAGCCUCAGCAGGUGAGUCAGGAAGGGUGUCUCCGUCCCUCCGGAGAGAUGGAAGCUGGUUCAUGCAGCUGCUCCACACGGAGACCAAGAGGAUGGAAGCCUGGUGUAAAGAGAUGGAGGCAGAAGCUGAGGAGAAUGACCUCUCAGAGGAACUUUUAGGUAAAAUUCGAAGUGCAGUGGGAAGUGCUCAGCUGCUCAUGUCUCAGAAAUUCCAACAAUUUUACUGGCUGUGUCAGCAAAAUCUGGACCCUAGCGCCAUGCCGCGACCCACCUCUCAGGACCUGGCUGGGUUCUGGGACCUGCUGCAGCUCUCCAUUGACGACGUCAGCAUGAAGUUUGACCAGCUGCAGCAGAUAAAGAACAACAACUGGCGACCAAUUGACAGCCCAGAAAAGAAGCCACCAGCUCCCAUACCAAAGAAGACAGUAAGACAGAAGAGUGCAAUGACCAGGGAGAAAUCCCUGGACCUCCCUGACAGGCACCGGCAGGAGGCACGCCGGCGGCUCAUGGCAGCCAAACGUGCAGCCUCUUUCCGGCAGAAUUCAGCCUCAGAGAGAGCGGACAGCAUUGAGAUCUAUAUUCCAGAGGCUCAGACUAGACUUUGAGAAAACGUUGGAUCAGGGAUCUGUACCUUUCCCUGCUCCUGUGCUCCAGCAACUCUAAAACUAGCCUUUUUGUCUAGACUGCUUCUCUUUCAAUUCCUCCUUUAUCCAUCUCUGGUCCGAUAGCCAUCCUCAGUGCCCAUCACCAACAUCACUGGACUGAAGGAUGUGCCGAGGCUAUACUUCCAUUGCCAAAAACGUACAUCUGACAUGGGUUGGUUGGAUCUUUGUGUUGGUUUGUUGUGAUCAAGAUCUACCAUCUCUCUCAUGUCUUGGAUGGACACAUCUGUAGUUUUUCAGCAUUUGCAAAGUGCCAUUUUAAAAGGAAGAAAAGUGCAGCUUUGAAAACCUUACCAGCAACUACACCUUGGAGCUAACCAUCAAUGUGUUCAUUUGGAGUUCCAUGAAAUUGGUCAAAGUUUAGAACCAUUCACUAUUUUUUAAUCUCUACAGAUUACCUUUGCUUCUGCAGGAUUUAAAGGAUUGAAUCAACGGCUAAAUAUCACCAAUUUGUUGAGUUUGAAAAAGUGCCAAUGCCUGAAAUACCUCAACUACGUGCACAUGGUACAGGUUACCUAUUCAAGGUGCUUCAGGCAAUUCCUACUAAGCUUUUGAUUGGUUAGAUGUGAAAAAUGCAGCCUUUUGCCAUGUCUAGUCAUGAUAAAAUAUUUAGGUGUGCAUCUUAAUAAAUCUAAAUAUAAUUGAAAAGUUUAUUUAUUUCAGUAAUUCAAAUCAAAAAGUGAAACUCACAACCAAUUAUUUCACACUUAAUUGGUAAUUAUGUCUUGUAUUAAUGAAGUCCAAAAAUCUGUUUAAGAAAUUUUGAAUAUUAUGUAAGGGAAUUUUUUAAAAAAUAUUUAAAUAUAGUGAAAUAUUUGACUGUACCUUUUCCAGUCACAGUUUUCCUUGCACUCAACUUUCCAUCCAUGUUAUUCUGAAAAUUGGAAUAUUGGUAAAAAAAAAAAAAAAAAAAAAAGACUUUUGUGGCUUACCCUCCUUGUGGAGUUUGUACUUAAUCUUUUCUCUUUUUGAUGUGAAUGUCUUGAAAAAAUGUCUCAUUUAAUCAUAUUUUACUUUAUUCAGAUGCACCCAAGUUCAGUGACUUGUACAAAUAACAUCUACUUGCUAUUUAAUGUGCACCUUUCACAGCGGUUUUCUAAAUAUCCAAUGUUCAUGUUGCCAUCUUUCAGACAUUUACUUGAAGCUGUAAACCUGCAAGUCUUGUGCCAACAUUUUCUUUAUGUCAAUGCAGUAGAGAAGAAACAAAAAAACUAUGAAAGUUUAUGUAACUCCUUAGAUUAAAAUGUGUAGACAAAUGCACUUAUGCACUUAAUAUAAUUCUCAAUAUUUUCAAGGGAAAUGUACAUAACCAAGUUCAUAAUAGUACUGUGGUAUUUUUUUAAUUGAGCGGGAAUGUUAUGCUGUUUAUUCCCCCUCCUUAUGUUUGCUUUCGAAAUAUCUGGAUGAUCAGAGGCACAUAGAAUUUUGCUGCUCGGUUUUCAUCAUUUCCCAAACACUUUCAAGUUGCGCCUUCAGUCCACAGCUAAUGAGGACUGAUAAGAAGUAACCAUCAAAACAUAAACAAAAUGCCAAUAUUUCUUUUUGAUUUUCAAAUAUACUGAAAAUCUCCAUGUCUGUGGUAGUGUCCCCAAGCAUUAUCAUAACGAAGUCCCUCUAACGAAAAGAUCAGAAUUAACAAACUGAAACUGGGGCAAAGGAUUUCCCGGGGGAUGCAAAUAUUAAGUCUCAAAAAGUAGAAACUUCACAAGUAUAUUGCUAAAAACUUGCAUAAAAUGGGAGGGUAAUGUUUGAAAUAACUUGAAACAAUGCUCAAACAAACUGUUUCUCCUCCCCACUAUGACAGAAAAUAACUAUUCAUUCCAAAUCAACACAAAACUAGUCAGAAAGAAUAUUGUAUUCUACAACACAAUAAUACAAUACAACAAUAACUACUCGAUUGGGGUAUUCUGUUGCAAAAUGUCUCCAUUUUUGUUUGUUUUGUCGUGGUGAGUCUCAGUAUGUUACAUAUGUUACAGUAUGGUCAAAUUGGCAGUGCAGAUUUUGGUUUGUGUGCAUGUUAACAAUAAUUAAAAAGGUCUAUGUUUUGAACAAGUGAUGAUAAGAUAAAUAACAACCAAUUUUCAAAUAUUUCUGGUGAGUAAUCCUCUUUUAAUGCUAUUAAUAAUUUUAUGUUUUGUUUUAUUCAAACUUCUGUAAAUCAUUGAGAUGGCGUGAUGUGAUCUCUGCUGAUGUAUUAUACUCAUAAUACAUUCCACUCUUCUAAUAUUUCGCUAUGAGAGUUGGCCUUGGACAUUAGUAUCCAAAGUUUAUGGACAAGAAUUGAAUACAAGUUAAAAUUAGUCUCUGAAUGGAUAUUUUCUCAAUUACUUAGAGAUUCCAAGAUAAGACUAUUCUCCCUCUGAAUACAGAAAUUAAUUUUGUUCUCCUGACACUGAUCAUUAAAUGCUAUGAUUGGGAAUCUGAGGCAAUAUUUUGAGUUGGAUCAAAAUUUUGGCUAGGUUUUCAGCCAAUAGUUUUUCAGACUGAAAUAUUAACGACAUUUUUCAAACCUUGCGACGGACUGGCAACCUGUCCAGGGUGAACCCCGUCUCUCGCCAGAAGUUAACUGGAGAUAGGCACCAGCACCUCCUGACCCCACAAGGGUGUAAGAAAAUAGAUGGCUGGGGUUGAUGGAUUUUUCAAUCCUCCCUCAUUUAAGUCAAUUCUUUUAUCAGAAAAUGUGAAAUUGUUCAUUUCAAGAAGUUCAUUUCAAGAAGUUUAACAGCAUCUCAUUGCUGUCUUAGCAGCAGUGAGAUACUGCUAAGGCCAAACUUUGGAUAUGACUUUUGUUGAACUUUAUUGUGCCAUGUAUAUUUAUAUAACACAACUGAUGAGUAAAGUCACAAAUUUUCCAAGAGUAUUUUCGUGGCUUAGGCAGAUCUAAAGUGUUUUUUUUAACCUAACAUAGAUGCAGUUCAGGUUAUAGGGCGUGCCAAGCUGACCUCCAACUGCAUGAUACAGCCCUCGCGCUCAUUUGUACUCAGAACAUUCAUGAUCUCAUCACAAGUGCACACAUUUUAAUUUCACCUGUGCUGAUACACAUAAAUCUGUGAACUUUUAAUUGUAUGAUGUUAGCUCUUUGGGAAGUCUGAGCAGUUCCUUACUGUGUGUUUGCUUUGCUUCACCUUAUUAUAGCGUGAGUUCAAUAGCACUUAAAGAUAUUUAAGUAUAACUAAACUAAGUUUCAGUGUAAACGUUGCCAUGAUAUUGGGUGACAUAUAUACCAUAUAAUGUGUGACAUUCACUAUUAUAACAAAACUAACAGAAAGUUUUAGCCUGGUAGAAUUUAGUUUAAAAUAUAAACAAAAUAAAAAGUGGUUGAAAUAUGAUAGGAUAUUUCUACACAUAAUAUAUGCACAAACAUGUAAAAAUAUAAUCUAAAACAGAGUAAAGACCAUUGAUACAAC